UAACAGACUUUUAUCAUUAUUUCCUCCUAGUUAAACACAGAGAGUGUUGCGUAACAGCUGUUGAAAUGCAUCGACUUGAAACAAUAUGUCUUAACAUCCUGCCAAAACAGCAAAGAACGUUAAGAAGUAACUAACGCCGACUCAUGCUACACUCAUUUAGUUAAUACUGGAAGAAGAAAAAAGGCUUUAAAGUGUCUCCAUUCAGAGCUGGACAGAUAUGAACCCGUCGCCACAGUCCGAAGUCAGGCCUCAGAGUGCCGUGCUGAUUUCAUCACUUGUUGUGGUAAAUAUUAUUUGGUGGAUGGUUAUGAUUGCAGCCAUUGGUUUGGGGGCUACACAUCUGCACGAUUGUCCAGUACAGCCCAACAUCCCCAUUUACCUCAUAGUGCUGGGAACGACCAGUCUCCUCUCUCUGUCUCUGACCUACACCAGGGCCAACCCCGGGGACGGCAUGGUUUCCAUCAUGUGCUCAGUCUGCACGGUCAUCCUGCACCUCUUCAGUUUCUGCUGGUUCAUUGCAGGCACUAUCUGGGUUUAUCCUGUCUAUCCUCCCAGCUACACACCAGGAACAUCUCCAUACUGCCACAGGACAACCUACCAGUUUGCCUUCACUGUCACCACUCUAGUGUGGGUCGCUACGACUUUCAUUUUCUUCUGUGGAUGCUGCUUCGCUCUGCUGACCUGCUGUAACACUAUAAUUGCAGGACGCAGAUUGCUGAUACCCAGCCGCUUUAGUUUCUAUGGUGCGACAAGUGAUUCUCAACCCACUGCCGGUGAUGUGUGAUUUUAAUUUUUGUCUUCAAAUGUCUAAGGAAUUUACAAUGGGUUUGACAGGAGUGAAACUUUUCCCAGAUUAUGACAGUAGUGGUCCUGCUGCUGAGGUUUAUUUGUGUUUUUUUGGUAUUUUUUAUAGUUUAUAGUUAUAUAGUAGGUAUAACAGUUUAGGGAAUCUACAAGUAAAAGUAUUUUAAACAGCAGCUCUUAAAACAAGAUUUGUUUGCUAUCUUUCUGUUAACACUUGGUGAGUUGCCUUACUUCACUUGAGUAACAUUUUUGCAACAUUUUGAUAUGUUGGUUUUCUGUAACAGCACACAAGUUGCUGAGCUGAGGCCGGUCUGUCAUUAAAUAUUCUCUACAGGGUGUGUAGUCAAAUAUAAAAACGGCACUGUCACAUCCAUAGACUGUAUAAAAUAGGUUGACACCAACAGUCAACAUUUGAGCCGAUACAAGAGAAGUUGUUAGAUAAUCUAGUGGAAGCUUAUAUUGAUUCAGCAUAGAGAUAGAUAAUAAAUUGUUAUUGGUAGUGUGUUUUUAUAUUCUAUUAUGCUGUGUGUGUGUGUGUGUGUGUGUGUGUGUGUGUGUGUGUUAAAUGUUAUUUUCUGCAGUGGAAUAACUUUUCUUGAUUGCACCACUAAAGAUGGUAUAUUGUAACAAUAUAUUGUGCUGUAUGGCUUGUAAAUAAAAGUUUGAUAUGU